CCAGGAGUGUGCAGCCAUGGCCAGUAAACCCAGACUCCAUUACUUCAGUGGAAGAGGCCGCAUGGAGAGCAUUCGGUGGUUAUUGGCAGCAGCUGGGGUUGAGUAUGAAGAAGAAUUCAUUAAAGAAAAAGAAGACUGGGGCUGCGAAAAGUUAAGGAAAGAUGGAUCCCUGCUGUUCCAGCAAGUGCCCAUGGUGGAAAUCGAUGGCAUGAAAAUGGUGCAGUGCCGAGCGAUCCUCAACUACAUUGCCGCAAAAUACAAACUCUGUGGGAAAGACCUCAAGGAGAAUGCCCUCAAAGAUCACGGUCAGGAUUAUCUUGUCGGAAACAGGUUCAGCAGAGCAGAUGUUCAGUUGCUUGAAGUUAUUUUAAUGGUAGAAGAGCUCAAGCCUGAUGUUCUGUCGAAGUUCCCUCUUUUGAAGACUUAUAAAGGAAGAAUAAGCAACAUCCCUACAAUCAAGAAAUUCCUGCAGCCUGGUAGUGCAAGAAAACCACCAACAGAUGAAAAAGAGUAUGCGGAAUGCAUCAAGAUAUUCUACUGAAUCAGAAUCAUGGCUCAUGUAACUGCAAGCAACAUGCUACAGUUAGGGACACUCUUCAAAUAAUUUCAAGAGGCCAACAAUGUACAGGGGCAGCUUCCAGAGGAAUGACAAUGUGAAGUUUAAUGUUCAACAAAAUAGGAUGAUUUCUGAAGGAGAAAUGGUGUCAAUCACACGCCAUUGCACUCAAACACAAUAAAAUACUCCGUUGUGCUGGCACUUAGCUAAGCGAUUUGCUUGAAUUGUGGGUAACACGUUUGAGCUGGCAUCCACCACACUGACAGACACUUCUUCCCAGUGGUAA